AUGCAUCAAUUUGAUGUGAAGAAUGCAUUUCUUUACGGAAAUUUGGAGGAAGAAGUAUAUAUGAAUGUACCCUCAGGUUACACAUUUACCCAUCAAAAUAAUGUUGUUUGCAGGUUGAAAAAAAAUCUCUAUAUGACUUAAAACAAUCACCCUGAACCUGGUUUGAGAGAUUCGCUCAAGCUAUGAAAGGAUUUGGGUACAUACAAAGCAAUGGGGAUCGCACUCUCUUCAUUAAGCGUGGUGACUAAAACAAAGUUACAGCCUUAAUUGUGUAUGUAGAUGAUAUUAUCACAAUAGGAGAUGAUACUGAGGAGAUUAAAUGCCUUGAACAAAAUCUAUUUAGAGAAUUUGAUAUCAAAUCCCUAGGAAGGUUAAAAUAUUUCUUGGGAAUUGAGGUUGCAUAUUCAAAAGGUGUAUUUCUUUCACAACACAGAUAUAUUCUUGAUUUACUUCAAGAGACUGGAGAAUUAGAGUGUAAACCUACUAAGACUCUAAUUGAUUCCAACUUAAUUUUGGAAGAAGGUAAAUACUCUAAUCAGGUGGACAAAAGCUCAUAUCACUGUCCAGAUAUAACAUUUGCAGUGAAUGUAAUCAGUCAGCAUAUGAAUGAUCCAAGGGAGAUACACCUUAUAGGCAGCAUAUUGAGUGUUGGCAUAUCUAAAGACAAUAAUAGGACAAGGCAUUAUAUUCAAAAAAGGAGGGAAUCAUUCUGUAAAAUCUACACCAAUGCUGAUUAUGCAGGGUGUGUUAUAAAUCGCAGAUCAACAUCAGGCUAUCGUACAUUUGUUUGUGGAAAUCUUGUGACCUGGAGAAGCAAGAAGCAACAAGUAGUUGCACGAUCUAGUGCUGAAGUAGAAUUCACGGCAUUGGCCCAAGGGAUAUGUAAAGGCUUAUGGAUUUGA